UCUGAGGGCGGUGCCUGGAAGCAGCCGGUGCGGAGGCUUGUUGUUGAUGUUCACAAAGUCCUGGAAAAGUAGAGUAAACCGUGUUUUGAGAUGGGAACCAGAGAUGACGAGUACGACUACUUGUUCAAAGUCGUACUAAUUGGAGACUCUGGAGUGGGGAAGAGUAACCUGCUCUCCCGGUUCACAAGAAAUGAGUUCAACCUGGAGAGCAAGAGCACCAUCGGGGUGGAGUUUGCCACCCGCAGCAUCCAGGUGGACGGCAAGACCAUAAAGGCUCAGAUCUGGGACACGGCUGGACAGGAACGCUACAGAGCAAUCACCUCAGCGUAUUACCGGGGAGCAGUGGGGGCUCUUCUGGUUUACGACAUCGCCAAACACCUGACGUAUGAGAAUGUUGAGCGCUGGCUGAAGGAGCUGAGGGACCACGCUGACAACAACAUCGUCAUCAUGCUGGUUGGAAACAAGAGCGACCUCCGCCACCUCAGGGCUGUGCCCACUGAUGAGGCCCGAGCCUUCUCAGAAAAAAACACAGUCUCCUUCAUUGAAACCUCAGCCUUGGACUCCACUAAUGUAGAAGAAGCCUUCAAAAGCAUCCUGACAGAAAUCUACCGUAUCGUAUCUCAGAAGCAAAUAUCGGAUAGAUCUGGAAAUGAUGAUUCUCCGGGCAACAAUGUAGUGGACAUCAGCGUCCCCCCGACCACGGACGGGCAGAGGGGCAACAAACUCCCUUGCUGUCAAAGCCUGUGAUGCUUGUAUUCUCCUCUUUCUGUCAGUCCCUCCUUUCUUCGCCUGAUACUGAACAUGAUACUCUCAUUGGUUCUGAUGACUCUGAUCCAAGACUCUUGUAGCCGACAUUCCUUUUUUGCUGGUUUCUUUGUUUGUUUUUCUUUGAUUGUUUGUCUUCCUCUGAUUUCAGGAGAGCCUGUGUCUAUAUAAUGUGUUUCCUAUUAUGGGGCUGAUCUCAGCGCUGUAGUAAACUACAUUUCUUUUGAAUUAACUCACCUCUAUGGUCCUGUUGACCCGCUCCUGUUGCAGGAAUGGUGAGGGUUUAGUUGGCGUGUUUAUCAGUGCUCCGAGUCGUUUGUACUUGCCUCCUUUUCUUAACCAGAGGAUACAGUCCCAUGACAUGAUCUGCUAAAGUGGAGUCCCAGUUUUAUGUCUGGUAGACCUGGCUCUGCCAAUCACGCAGUAUGGAUGUAGAAAAGGAGAUAAGGAGACUGUGAUGCAUCAGUACUUUGGAGUAUUCAUUUAAACUCUGUCUGGAGUUCCUGGUCGCCUCCUUUAGUUUUAAUUUCCCCUUCCCAGCCCUGUGCCCACCGUGGCAUUAAGUUGGCGCGAGCCAGGGACCAGACUGGCUGUGACUGUCAGACUUAAUAUGGGCGAGUGUGAAACAAACUUGAGUGUUUUUAUUUGUGUGUGCAUGUGUGAGUGUGAGUGUUAAUCUUAGUGCACAAAGAUACCAAAGGAUACAGAUGCAAUUGAUAUCAGUUGGGUGUUUUCUCACGUAAGUGUGUUUGCAGCUGCUGAGAUGACAGAUAAUCUGUAUUUGGCAAAAAAAAAAAAAGGAAUGCAAUAUAGCAAAAGUAUUGUUAUUAAUUGUGAUUGAGUGUUUAUUGUAAUAUGAUCAGCACCCAGAAGCUACGCUAAGUAGUUCCUGUAAUGAGUUGGCUCAGGUCCAAAUUCUUUCAUCAGAAUGUCAAAAUGAAAAUCUUUCUUGCACUUAUGUCUACAAAUUUCAGUGAAACAAAUCACCUUAUAGAUUUAAAUACACUUAACUUCCUUAUUAAGGAAGGUCACAUUUCCUAUUGCUUUUGAGGGAGGGGUUGGCUGAAAAGAACACAAUGCACUGUAUAUAAUAUAUUAUAUAAGGUUAAUGGUUAAAGAUGAUACAAACAUACUUUUGAAACACUUCACUAAAGCCAGACACAGUCUUUAGCCGGGAAAUGGAACUGAGAAUGAGAAAUGCAAAUCGUUUACAUGGUUGGCUGAAAGGCCGCUCCUCAACCAUCUGGUAGAAAUCCUGUCAUGUGUGAUAGAUCUGAUGCAUCAUGUCUGUUGUGAUAUUUUACAUUUCUUUAAAUCAAUUUGUGUAAAAUAAGCAAACCCAAGCUUGUUUGCACAGAAUACUGAAUCAUUAAUAAAUAUAAUUUACAUA